AUGACAUCAAAGGACCCCACAAAAAAUAAACGGGUCACUUUUGCGGGAAUGGUCCAAGACACCGUGGCGUCCGAGGAUGAGGAGGAGGCAGAGACAAAAGCCGCAGAGGGCCCUGAGGCCACAACCAAAGACUUGCAGACGACGGCAGAGCCUGCGAGCCCGUCGUCCGCUCCCAGUCGGCCUGCCAUAUCAAAACUCGCAUCGAGAAAGGCCCAGCUCACAGGGCUCAUGACUGCCGGGGGGAAAGCUAGACAGAUGAAAAAGUGGGAGAAGGAGUAUAAGGCUGUGGAGAAGGAGCUAGAUGAGGCCAGGGGUCAUGUGACUCCAAUAUUUACAGCUAGCGAUUUGCGGAAAGCAGACUCACGGGCUACCUGA